AUGCCGGCGGCCUACGCUGACGGAAUAAGCGAGAUGACGGGGGCCGACCGGCCGAGCGCGCGGGUCAUCAGCGCCAACCUGGUGCUGCCGCCGUACAGGGGGCGCCGGCGCAACGUGGCCCACAAGACAGACAUGCUGACCUACAUCGGCCAGUUCUUCAACCACGACAUCGACUUGGCCAUGGACGCGCACGAGGCGGAGUGGGCGAACAUCACCAUACCCGAGGGCGACUUCCACUUCGAUCCCUUCGGCACGGGCUCGGAGACGAUGCCCUUCCAGCGGUCCGGGUACAACACCUCGAGGCCGGCGUCCGCCACCAGGGAGCAGGUGAACACCAUCACGUCUUACUUGGACGGAAGCGUGGUGUACGGCGAAUCCUUGGAGAAAGCCGACAAGCUCAGGGCCCAUUACAAGGGCAAGAUGUCGACCUUCAACGGCAUGCUCCCCACGAAUUUCAUGGGAGUCACGAUGGCCAACCCUGCUGGAGUAGAGAAGGACACGGAUCUGAGAGCGGCCGGCGAUGUUCGGGCCAACGUCAAUGCGGCCCUCCUGGCCAUUCAAACCCUCUUCAUCCGCGAGCACAACAGGCUUGCUGAGGAAAUCGAGGCCAAGAACCCCACCUGGACCGAUGAGCAGAUCUUCCGCGAGGCCCGCAAAUGGAACGUGGCCAUCAUGCAGGCCAUAUGUUUCUACGAGUACCUUCCCAUGCUGGGAUUCCAGGUGCCCCCCUACGCUGGCUACGACUCAAGCAUCAACGUGGGUAAGGAAACCAAGGAGCUGCGGUGA